AAAAAAAAGAAAAAGUCUUACCCACUAAACUAUUCAACGAGGGAGGCAACUUCCUAAUCUCUUCGUCGUCUUUUACAUGUUUAGGAAACUUUUCUCGUACAUCUAUAUAAGGAUCUGACAGAAAAACUAUGCCAAACCAACUCCAAUUGGAUCACUGAGCUAGAGCCAGUUUGGUUUGGACAUCCAAAAAUACCUUGUCGGGUUUGAUUGAUUUAGAAGAGAGAAAUCAGAUUGAAAAAUGGCUGGGCUUCUUCUCAAGAGCAGAGGCUUUGCCAACAUUAGAACUACCAUGUUAAGAUUUGCUCUGUUUUUGGUUCUGCUUUCUCUAACUUGUUCUGUAGUCCCAAUGGCGGAAGCCAAAGUCCGGUAUUACAAAUUCGAGGUGAAAUAUGAGUACAAAUCGCCUGAUUGCUUCAAAAAGCUCAUGAUUACCAUUAAUGGUAAAAGUCCCGGGCCAACCAUCUACGCACAGCAAGGUGACACGGUCGUCGUCGAUCUCGUAAACAGCUUGUUAACAGAGAAUGUUGCUGUUCAUUGGCAUGGAAUUCGACAGAUUGGAACCCCUUGGGCUGAUGGAACAGAGGGAGUUACUCAAUGUCCAAUUGCUCCAGGAGAUACUUUCCAGUACAGAUUUGUUGUUGACAGACCAGGGACUUACUUGUAUCAUGCUCAUUAUGGAAUGCAAAAAGGUUCUGGGCUUUAUGGAAUGAUUCAAGUUGCACUUCCUGAUAAUGUCACUGAGCCUUACUACUACGAUUAUGACCGAAACCUCCUCCUCACUGAUUGGUACCACAAGAGUUCAUAUGAACUUUCUGUUGGACUCAAUUCUAUUCCUUUUGGUUGGGUUGGUGAACCUCAGUCGAUUCUGCUCGGAGGGAAAGGGAAGUUCAAUUGCAGCACACCGGGGACAGCAGCAGGCGUAUGCAAUGCUACAAAUCCAGAAUGUUCGCCUCUUGCGUUAACCGUCGUGCCGGGGAAAACAUACCGGCUGAGAAUCGGAAGUUUAACUAGUCUUUCCGCGUUGAGCUUCGAAAUCGAGGGCCACAAUAUGACUGUUGUAGAAGCUGAUGGACACAAUGUGGAGCCAUUUGUAGUGAAAAACUUAUUCAUCUACUCAGGGGAGACUUACUCUGUUUUAGUGAAAGCCGACCAAGACCCUACAAGGAAUUACUGGAUGGCUGCAGCUGUUGUGGGCCGAAACAGGACAACUCCAAACGGAUUAGGCAUUUUCAACUAUUAUCCAAACCAUCCGUCAAGAAAUCCGCCGUCGAUUCCUCCGGCCGGCCCGGCCUGGAACGAUAAACCUCCCAGAUUAGCCCAAAGUCUCGCAAUUAAAGCACUCAAAGGCUACAUCCACCCGCCUCCGGCGACAUCCGAUCGGGUUAUCGUGUUGCUCAACACCCAAAACAGGAUCAACGGGCACGUUAAAUGGUCGGUCAACAAUGUUUCUUUCAGUCUGCCAUCCACGCCUUACUUGAUUGCCCUGAAACAUAAAUUGUUGCACGCAUUUGAUCAAACGCCGCCGCCGGAAGGGUACGACGCCGCGAAAUACGACAUUUUCGUCGUCCAGAAUAACACCAACGCGACGACCAGCAACUCCCUUUACCGGUUAAAGUUCAAUUCUGUUGUUGAUGUGAUCUUGCAGAAUGCAAACUCCAUGAACCCGAAUAACAGUGAGACUCAUCCGUGGCAUCUUCACGGGCAUGAUUUCUGGGUACUCGGGUACGGAUCCGGGAAGUUCAAUAUCUCUACGGAUCCUCAGAGUUAUAACCUUGUGAACCCGAUUAUGAAGAACACGGUUCCGGUUCAUCCUUAUGGUUGGACCGCAUUGAGAUUCCGGGCGGAUAAUCCGGGUGUGUGGGCUUUCCAUUGCCAUAUUGAAUCCCAUUUCUUCAUGGGUAUGGGAGUUGUGUUUGAAGAAGGAAUCGAAAAGGUUGGAAGAUUGCCUCAAUCUAUCAUGGGAUGCGGCGAUUCGAAACGCUUUUCCAAGCCGUAGAAUCUGUAUGCAUGAAAGAAUAACAUACGGGUUGUCGGGUCAGGACAUGGAGAUUCUCACUGGUGACAAGAUUCUUUGUUGGAUUUUUUUUUUUUUAACAUUUUUUUGUCAAUUGGAUUAACGGCUACGCUUUGGUUUGUGAUUUGUUUAUAACUGACAAAGAAGAUAGAAUAGAAUAUUUUUUUUUAUUCCACUUGGACAAUGGACCAAGAUCGAGUGCAACAAUUACCUUGGGAAAUGAUUAGAUUACUAAUGUUUAUGUUACGUGCAAGGAACAGCAACUUGUAAUAUAAUAUACCUCGAUUGCUCAACUGUAUAAUGAUUCCAUUGCUUUCUAUAUAGUUAAUGACAAUUGUGUUUUAUUGCA